CUUCCCUGACCGCCCGCCCAGCCCGCCGCCCCCGGCGGCUGGCGCGGGCGGUGCAGCAUGCGGCAAAGCUCUUUGCAUAAAUUAUGCUCAUGACGCAGCAGCUAAAAAAAUCCAAGUAGCAGAAGGAGGGAAAAAGGGGGGGGAGGGAUAAGGGGGGGUCGUGGAAGGGGGGAACGAGGAAAAAUAUAUACCUGACCGACCCCCACCCGGCUUCCCCUUCCCGCUUCCCGGCCGUCCCCCUCCGCCUGGCGCAGCCCGCGGAACCCCCUUCGGCUCUGCCCAGCCCAGGCUAGGGGCCCGGGGGCGGCGGCGGGUCCCAACCAGCUCCCGGGCCGAGCCGAGCCCAGCCAAGCCGAACUGGCUUCUUUGUCUGCGGGCGGCGGCCGCCGUGGCCCUGGCCCCGGUCCCCUGGCCCGGGCUGUGAGAUGAAUCUCUAAUCGGUGGCCGCCGGGCACCCAGGGCGAAGGCGGCUCGGGCUCGGGCUCUGGAUGUGCUAGGUGUGGGCCGGCCCCCACCCAACCCUGACAAGUGACCAUGGAUCCUGGAGCUGGGUCAGAGUCAUCUCUGACUGUCAAUGAGCAGGUCAUCGUGAUGUCAGGUCAUGAGACCAUCCGAGUGCUGGAAGUCGGAGUGGAUGCCCAGCUCCCUGCUGAGGAAGAGAGCAAAGUUCUGGAGGGCGUGGCUGCCGAGGGCUCCCAGAGUGGAGACCCUGCUGAAGCCAGUCAAGCUGCUGGUGAAGCUGGGCCAGACAACCUGGGCUCCUCUGCAGAGGCAACUGUGAAGUCACCCCCGGGGAUCCCUCCGAGCCCUGCCCCUGCCAUUGCCACCUUCAGCCAAGCCCCAAGCCAGCCUCAGGCAUCGCAGACCCUGACACCACUGGCUGUACAAGCUGCCCCCCAGGUCUUGACUCAGGAAAACUUAGCCACAGUUCUGACAGGAGUUAUGGUUCCAGCAGGGGCAGUUACUCAACCUCUUCUUAUCCCCAUCAGUAUUGCAGGUCAAGUGGCUGGUCAGCAGGGGCUGGCCGUGUGGACAAUUCCUGCAGCAACCGUGGCUGCCCUCCCAGGACUGACCGCUGCUUCUCCUACGGGGGGAAUUUUCAAGCCACCUUUAGCCGGUCUCCAAGCAGCUGCUGUGCUGAACACCGCUCUUCCGGCACCCGUACAAGCUGCCCCGCCAGUACAGGCCUCCUCGACGGCCCAACCCCGGCCACCAGCCCAGCCCCAGACGCUGUUCCAGACCCAGCCGCUGCUGCAGACCACACCUGCCAUCCUCCCACAGCCCACUGCUGCCACCGCUGCUGCCCCUACCCCCAAGCCAGUGGACACCCCCCCACAGAUCACCGUCCAGCCUGCAGGCUUCGCAUUUAGCCCAGGAAUCAUCAGUGCUGCUUCCCUCGGGGGACAGACCCAGAUCCUGGGCUCCCUCACUACAGCUCCGGUCAUUACCAGCGCCAUUCCCAGCAUGCCAGGGAUCAGCAGUCAGAUCCUCACCAAUGCUCAGGGACAGGUUAUUGGAACCCUUCCAUGGGUAGUGAACUCAGCUAGUGUGGCGGCUCCAGCACCAGCCCAAAGCCUCCAGGUCCAAGCCGUGACCCCCCAACUGUUGUUGAACGCCCAGGGCCAGGUGAUUGCAACCCUGGCCAGCAGCCCCCUGCCUCCACCUGUGGCUGUCCGGAAGCCAAGCACACCUGAGUCCCCUGCUAAGAGUGAGGUACAAGGGCUGGGGCUAAGCAGGGAUGGUUUCCAUCUUACACACUCAUCCCUGCUCCCUCCCUCUGGCCUAGAGCCACAUACUCCAAGUCUGGAUGAGGAUGGGAUCAAUUUAGAAGAGAUCCGGGAGUUUGCUAAGAACUUUAAGAUACGGCGGCUUUCCCUGGGCCUUACACAGACCCAGGUGGGUCAGGCUCUGACUGCAACGGAAGGUCCAGCCUACAGCCAGUCAGCCAUCUGCCGGUUUGAGAAGCUGGACAUCACACCCAAGAGUGCCCAGAAGCUGAAGCCAGUGCUGGAAAAGUGGCUAAAUGAAGCGGAACUGCGGAACCAGGAAGGCCAGCAGAACCUGAUGGAGUUUGUAGGAGGCGAGCCCUCUAAGAAACGCAAACGCCGCACCUCCUUCACUCCCCAGGCCAUAGAGGCUCUCAAUGCCUAUUUUGAGAAGAACCCGCUGCCCACAGGCCAGGAGAUCACUGAAAUUGCUAAGGAGCUCAACUAUGACCGUGAGGUCGUGCGUGUCUGGUUCUGCAAUCGGCGCCAGACGCUGAAGAACACUAGCAAGCUGAAUGUCUUUCAGAUCCCUUAGGCCCAGCCCCCGGCCCUGUGUUCUAGCACUUUGUCUGUUUUCCUUGGCAUCCGGCUGCUGCCACUGCCAUGACAGCACCUGUCAUUUUGCCACGUGCAGCUGUGCUCGCCCCAGGUCAUGAGACUCCACUGUGUGCAUGUGCGUGAAUGUCCCUCUUCUCUCCCACGUAUUUCACAUCAUGGAGAGGCCACGUAUCCCACAUCACGGGGCCACACAAGAGCUCCAGGUUCUGGACUGGUUGCUCCAAAGAAGAGGAUUUAUGAUGUCACUUAGAGAAGCACUUUGCUAGCAUGGUUUCUGAAGGGUGAAUUCUGGUGGGGAACCAGAAACUCACUGUCUUUGGGGCAGGGCUAUAGCAGCUCCUACGGACCACUGGCCAUUAGCUCGGCUUUUGAUGGUGUUCUCUUUCUACCUUCUCUUCUCCUUUGCUCUUCUGUGUUAGUGUGGCAGGUAUGACAACUCAUCCAGUGGACCCACAGCCUCACACUGCCCUUCCCCACACAUUUUGCCUGCAGGCCCACAGAAAGGACCUAGGAGAUAAAAUUCAGAAAAGUGUGAUGUGCUGCUCAGAAGGUCAGACUCAAGGUCUGCCUUGAUCUCAAGGUCAGAAGGUUCCCAAACCCCUGGGGCCAGAACAUGGGCUCUUCUCUCCCACCUCUCCCUGGUUCCUUUGCAGAGAAAUUUGCACUAAAACAGAACGUUUUCUUUUGCAAUCCAUGUUGGAAGGAAGCAACAGUGAACUGUACCUGUCCUGGAGUUGUCCUGGGGCUGCAGCAGGUUGGGAAUUUAGAAAAUAAGGCCAUUCUUUCAGAUUUUAAUCUAAUCUCUGUUGAUGGCCAUCCCUCCCACAAAAAAGAUCUUGGGUUAAGAAAACUUGCAGCCUGGAAAAUCCCACUGCCCAAGCAAACAGGCAACUCUGGAGAAAAAUAAGGAAAGGAAUGCUGACUUUCUCUAACUUUCUCUUGUCCCCACACCCAUUCCCAACCCAAUGCUGGGGCCUUCUGAAAAGGAGCAAAUUAAACAGUAAACCAGACAGCAAGGCCCUGGGGGAAAGAACAGCAUCCCUGAAUAAAUGAUGGAGUCCAGGAAGGUCUCUUGUGGAAGUUGACUUGACUCUAAUUUUCUUUGUAACUUUAAGCCUUGGAUACUGGAGGAGAAAUCUCAUUUUGUCAAGUCUCAAACCAUGUCUAUGUCAAGUCUCAGCAAUCCCCUCAGUGUCCUCUGAACACCAAGAACACCCCUAGAUCAGGUUGGGUUAUGCCUCUAAACAGGAUGGCUGUGGUACCUUGGGGGCUGGCUCUUAUCCGAGCUGCUAAGUGAGUUUCCAGCCUCAUUGUGGCUGGACAGCCCCUAAAAUUCAGUAUGUAACUCCAGAAAGUCAGGAGAGAAUUAAGAUUUGCUUAGAUGAGCACAGGCUGGCUUUGUAGACCAUCUGUAAAGGGCCCCAUGUCAUGGGGGUCAACCACGCCUCUCUUCAGUACUCUUAUCCUUACAGAGGCUGUUUUUUGUUUUGUUUUGUUUUGGUUUUUUUAAAGAUGGGGUUUUACCAUGAUGGCCAGACUGUUCUUGAACUCUUGACCUCAGGUGAUCCACCCACCUCGGCCUCCCAAAGUGCUAGGAUUACAGGCGUGAGCCACCACGCCCAGCACAGAGGCUGGUUUCUAACAGCUGCUUCCACUGCCCCCCCCAUGAUAGACCCUGAGGAAGCCACUGACAGGUGGAGGCGCAUCACCACCUCUGUCAGUCACUGGUGCUCAGCCACCUCCUAGCCUAGCUUCCUCUGGUGUGCUGUUUCCUUUCCUACUUACUGUUGGUCCCUCCCAGCCCCUGCAAUGCCAACGUGGCCACACUCUUAGUGUGUUGAAUUAGCACACGCGAGGGUGCCCGCACGUGCACACACACACACACACACACACACACGCCCUGCUGCAUUUGGAAAAACCAUGCCUGCCAGAUUGUAGCAGAGGUGAGGAAGCAAGUGGGCAGCUUGCCUGACCCAGCUUCCCAGGAGAGCAUGUCUCAACAGAGAGGCUCCACACUCUAGUUCAGGGUUAUCGACCUGCCUCAAUGAGAUAACAAAGUCAUUUGGGAGGGGUGUUGUAAACUAGUUUUCAGUGAGAAUAGUUAAGUUCCAGAGCUUAUAAAGGAUUCAGUGACUUACACUUCAAAAAAUUAGGCCAGGCACGGUGGCUUAUGCCUGUAAUUCCAACACUUUGGGAGACUGAGCCAGGCAGAUCAUUUGAGGUCAGUUCAAGACCAGCCUGACCAACAUGGUGAAAUCCUGUCUCUACUAAAAAUACAAAAAUUAGCCAGGUGUGGUGGCACAUGCCUGUAAUCCCAGGUACUUGGGAGGUUGAGGCAGAAGAAUUGCUUGAACCUGGGAGGUGGAGGUUACAAUGAGCUGAGACUGCACUACUGCACUCCAGCCUGGGUGACAAAGCAAGACUGUUUCGGGAAAAAAAAAAAAAAACUCAGAGAGAUGCAGGUUUUCAUGCUCAGAUGCUUGCAUUCAGGUAUGCUUUCUUUUUUGAGAGCGACAAAUGGGUCACAGCUGGUACCCUGGGAAUAGCACAUAAUCCAGGGUAUGUCUGUGGUGGUGGACAUGCAGGAGGACGCCAUCUGUCCUGUGUUAUGAUGGGAAAACAAUCAUGAACCACUGGUCUAAAUUAGGGCUGGCCAUGCUUUCUCAGCCCCUCCCUCAUUUAAAUCUGUCUUCCCAAGGCUGAGCUAGAAUGAAACCAUUUCUCCUCUGUAGGAAUGAUGGGUUGGUCAUUCAGAGGAACAAUAGCAGGGCUGGGAGGUUUGCGGCUGAAUUCCCCAGGCAUGGGAGUGCAGGGUUUCCCUGAUGUGUACCCAAAGCAGAGCUUGCUGGCCUAUGACCUCUGCCCUUGCUCCCCCAGUGUAAGACUCCCCAGGAGGCAGCUCGGGCCUGAACCUCUCACCCAGGAAUUGGGUUUAUUUUAUUUUUUUUUGUUAGCAUCGGGUUCUGAAGGGAGUUGGUAAACAUUUUGUUUUGGAAGGAUCUUCUGGACUUAAGCCAGAACUUAGUGUCUCCCUUAUUAUGGAAAGAGGAGAAUGGACAGAAAUGGUUUAACUGUGUGGGGUUUUGUUUGUUUUGUUUUAAAUGGAAGAAAGACCAAAACUUUCCUGGUGAAUCAGCUGGGGCCUUUGACCCUGCACUAACCAUGGCAUUUUAUCCAGGUGAAGUCCAGGGAAAGAAUUCAGCCAAAUGGACUAAGGAACACAUGAGUUUGGAAUGCGAGACCGUGACGUUUUUGUGUUCUUGGAAAUCCAGUUCCCUCCCCAUGCCCAGAUUUCCUUCCUGCCUCAUGGACCAGGCUCUGACACUGAGGUUCUCACUGCUCCCAGCACAGGCAAAGCCUCCUGAGGGCUGGAGGGGUGGCAAGGGGAGAGGAGAAUGGGAAAGAAGCACUUGAUGUAGUUGUGUGGANUAUUUUUUCUUUUGU